AUGUCGAACCAAACUCCCGACUCUUGGGAGGAUGAGCUCUCUCGCCAAACUGAGGGCGUCAACCUGAACGGUGGCCGUCCUCAGCCUCGUGCGCCCGCUUUCCAGCCCGGCGCUGCUACUUUCCAACCUGGAGCCGCUUCGUUUCAGCCUGGUGCGAACAGCUUUGUCCCAGGGCAACAGCAAUUUCAGCAGUAUGGCGGCUACCCAUAUGCUCAGUACGGGCAACAAGGAUACGGUUAUCCCCAGCAAGGCUAUAAUCAGUACGGCGCAUAUGCCCAACAACCUGGUGGAUACAACCAAUACUAUAACCAGCAACCUCACCAGAACUUCACCGCUCCUGUUCAGCAACCACAAGCCGCUGUCCCGGAACAAUCUGCCCCUAAGCCCGCCGCGAAUACAUCCGCCGCCCCACCUAAGGCUAAGGUCCUCUCCAUCGGCGCCACUUCUUCAAGCUCCACCCCAAAGACAAAGGUCCUUUCUAUCGGCACUCCAACCCCCGCUCCUCCGUCGAACAAUACCACCGAAACCAGCAAGGGCGACUCCAAGGGUACUGCAGCUGCCGAGGCUGGCGCUAAGGUGACCGCUUCCAAGGCUAUUGACAAGACGGACAAGAAGUCGGAACAGAAGGCUGCUUCUGGAAAGUCUUCUCCUACGCCAUCAUCUGGGCGCUCCAGCCCUGCUCGUGGGGUUGAGGCUGCUAAGCAGGCUCGUGCUGCAGAUGCUGUCGCCAAGUCGCAACAAGCAGAUGUUGAUGAGGAAACUCUCAAGGAAAUUUACGGGGAGAGGAGAGAGCAUGUCAACGUUGUGUUCAUUGGACACGUUGAUGCCGGAAAGUCCACUUUGGGUGGUUCUCUGCUCUACUGUACUGGCAUGGUUGAUGACCGAACUAUGGAGAAGUACAAGAAGGAGGCCAAGGAUCUUGGUCGAGAGACUUGGUAUCUUUCAUGGGCUCUGGAUCUGAGCUCUGAGGAACGUGCCAAGGGUAAGACAGUGGAGCUUGGUCGUGCAUUCUUCAAGGUCCAGGUUCCAUCCGACGACGGUCCCAUUGAGCGUGAAUUCUCUAUCCUUGAUGCUCCAGGUCACAAAUCCUACGUGCCUCAAAUGAUCGGAGGUGCCUCGCAGGCCGACCUGGGUGUUCUUGUUAUCUCAGCCCGUAAGGGUGAGUACGAGACUGGUUUUGAGAAGGGUGGCCAAACCCGUGAGCACGCUAUGCUCGCUCGUAACACCGGCGUUGAAAACCUCGUGAUUGUGGUGAACAAGAUGGACGAUCCCACUGUGGACUGGCGCAAGGAACGAUUCGAUGAGUGCACUAUCAAGGUCAUCAAGUUCUUGGAAGCCCUCGGAUAUAAGAAGCAGAACAUUACUACCAUGCCCAUCUCGGCCCAGCGUGCCAUUGGUAUUAAAGACCGAGUACCCAAGGACAUUUGCCCUUGGUACGAUGGACCAUCACUCCUUGAAUAUCUCACAGACUUCAAGCUCCCAGAGCGUAAGAUUAACGCUCCUUUCAUGAUGCCCAUUACUGCGAAGUACCGUGACAUGGGUACCAUGGCUGAGGGUCGUAUCGAAUCCGGAGUCAUCAAGAAGAACGGCAACUACAUCAUGAUGCCUAAUCGCACUGAAGUCUCAGUCUCCGCCCUUUACGGUGAAACCGAAGACGAAAUUCCCACGGCGACUUGCGGUGACCAAGUUCGUUUGCGCCUGCGCGGCGUUGAGGAAGAUGAUUUCUUCCCUGGUUUCGUUCUUUGCUCUCCCAAGCGCCCCGUCCACUGUGUCUCUGCUUUCGAGGCCAAGAUCCGUAUUCUCGACAUCAAGAGCAUUCUCACUGCCGGUUUCAACUGCGUACUCCACGUUCAUUCUGCUGUUGAAGAAGUGACCUUCGCCGCUCUCCUCCACAAGCUCGAGCCCGGCACCGGUCGCAAGAGCAAGCGCCCUCCUCCAUUCGUGAACAAAGGCCAGACCGUGAUUGCCCGUCUCGAAGUGACCAGCACCGCCGGCGCAGUGUGUGUUGAGAGGUUCGAGGACUACCAGCAGCUGGGACGAUUCACUCUGCGUGACCAGGGUCAAACCAUUGCUAUUGGUAUGAUUACCAAACUUAUUCUUCCCGAGAAUGAGGCGUAA